AUGAACGGUCACAUUAUGCGCGGUCGCUUCCACCCUCACUGCCCCGAAUUCAGCAUUGACUACUCCACUGCUUGGUCUCCCGAGGUUCGCAUUCCGGUUCUUAUCCUCAUCACUCUCUUCUUGAUGUCGAUGAAUCCGACUGUCGCCGAUGUCAUCAAGAGUACCGUCUGGAUGGUUGUCAAGCCCAUUGCCCUCCUCAUUGGUUACUUCUCUGUCGCCAUCAUCCGCAUUCUGAUCUUCCUCUUCAUUGAUGGACCCAAGAUGAUCACCAUUCUCCUCACCCCCGACAGACGCAACAGCGUCAACUUCCUUGGUAUCGAUGUUGAGAACAAUACCAAGCUCAACGCCAUCUGGAGCCGUCUCCACACCGAGGAGGAGUGGGUUCCCGGCGGUGUCUUCGACAAGAAGUACAAACCCCCGUAA